CGGCGCCGUGUCCCAGAAUGCAGCAGGCUUUAUUUAAGCCGCUGUAGGGUUAAUAGGAGGCUGAUCUGAGCUCCGUCAGAGGACAGAGGUAGACCUCAUGGCAUCGCUGAUGACUUCCAGUCAGAGAUCUUCUUCAUCGUAUCGCUCCUCAUCACGUUAUAGCGCCUCCAGCUCCUAUCGAUCCGAUGGAUCCCAGGACGGAUCCUCCCAUUCUCUUUUUGAGCCUUUUAUCGACUCUGCCAAAUGCUCUGGUCUGUUUGGAGAGGGGGGCCCCGGGGGGCCCGACAGUCUGCCCCACUUCAGCACACUCAGCAGGCCGUCCUCUGGACCUCCAGGUGGCGCUGUAACGAGCUGGUGCAGCGGGGCAGGAAGCGGGUCAGGUUGCCUCGCUGACUCCUACUGCAUGACGGCCGACCUCCGCCAGUUUGAGCCUCACGACGUGGUGGUGAUGGCCUACGGCCACCAUGUGGUCGUCAGCGCACAGAGGGUUCUGGAUGAUGGGAGCGUCGGUAACACCUUCACCCGUAAAACCUCCUUCCCAGAGGACAUGGACCCCUUGUCUCUCAGUGGGACCCUGAACCCAGAGGGGACCCUGAGGGUCACCGUAUGCCGGACCACCGAGGCCCUGGGGCCUGCCUGUCACAGCAAGGCUGACCUCUGACCCCUCCUCUUUGGGACAUAGAUAGCAGUUAUCUAGAUGUGUGCUGACUUUUUCAUCAAGUUUGUAAAAAUAUAAAAAAAAUUUCCAGA